AUGUCUAUUGAUAGUACGCCUAUUACCCUUUGGUGUCUUGAAUACAGAAGUAGUUCCUUCUCCAUUACCAUUGGAAACAAUAAUUCUAUUUUUGAUCUAAAAAAAGCUAUCUUCAAGAAAAUUAGUGUACCUAAUAACGUAAAAGCUAAAAACCUUAGUUUAUGGAGUGUUAAUGUUGAAGAAAGUCAGUUGGAGAGUAACACCCCUGAUGGUUUAAUGACUGUUGAAAAUGAAAUAAAAAUCGCAACGCAAAAAGUUGGCAACACAUUCUAUGGAGUUCAAGAUAAUAACAUUCGAGUUGUUGUUAGAGUUCCUGUUGCCACCAGUCAACCCGUUGCUGUUCCAAGUAUUCCAAAAAAUAUAACUGCUGAAGUAAUAAAACAAUUAGUUCAGAGUCCUGGCCAACUUCCUAACAGAUCUGAUUUAGCAAACUUUCUUAACGAAAAUCCUCCUGUAAAAAUACCGCUUGCCCCUAUUCAUUUUUUUCAAUUUAAAACUGGAGAUCUGGAUGGCAUAACUGAUGAAGAACGAGAUAUAUAUUUUAUACAAAAUGCAGAAGAGGAAUGUACAUCACUUUUUUCAAAACUUUUAGGACAGUUGAUUUUCCCUCCCUCAUAUGGAAAGAAUGAAAACUCAUAUCAUGAUCUGUGGGAUAGUAUUAUUAAAAAUACAAUGAAGAUAUUUGGAAAGCAUAAUACUAGUUUGCCAACAUUGGAAUUUGAUCGUAAUACUAGCAAACGAACCACAACAGGUGAAGAAAAGUCCCAGGAAGAUGCAGAAGAUCUUUCGAAAGAAUUAACCAAAAAAUUCCAAGGCCAUGUAUUACCUAUUAUAGUGAAUUUAUGCCUUCCAAGAGAUUUUCCAGACUUCGAGACAAUAAUUCGAUCAAAUAGAACUGUUGUUGAACUUAGAUAUGCGAUUACGAAAAAAUUUACAAACGAAGGACAAGUUACUUACCUAAAAGAAAUUUAUGGAAUGUUGCAGGCGAAUAAUGUUAGAUUUUCUGAUAGAUUGGAAUAUUCAUCUAAGCAUUCAGUUCAUUUGGUACUGCACAGAGAACAACAAGAACCAAGUAAUCUCAAGGAGUUACUGCAAGCAUUAAUUUGUAUACUAACUUGUUUGAAGAGCAUGCAUUCAAUUGAUCCCAACCUGAUAAUGCACAGAGAUAUUCAAUGGCCAAAUAUUAUUCGUCAUUACGAUAAAUACCAGAGAUUCAUUUUAAUUGAUUUUGACUAUACUACUUUUUCCCCUUCAUCAGAGCUUUUGAAAGAAUUUUCUAAAAAUGAUUAUGCUCAUGAAAUGCUAAUAAGAAAACAUAAUUUUAAGGUUGAUAUUUGGGGUAUUGGGCAUUUAGUUGCUUCAUGUAAUAUUAGUAGUAUUUCUUCAGAUCUUUCAAGCUUUAGUGUGAAUUUGUAUAAGAGUGAUCUGAAGAAAUGA